GGUUUCUGUAGUGUCGGCACGACAAGGGUAAGCGCGCUCUAUUAAUUAGGCAGAGAACGGUAGAGCCUCGUCAUUGUGGGUUAUAUAUAGGUCGUUAGCUAAAGGCAGUAACCGUCAUAAGUCAUUCUUAUAGAUGGAUGGAUAGCCAAUGUGUGUAUAUGAUCGGAGAAAAAAAGUCUGACAUUUAAUGUGCUAGCCGGUUUAUAUACGCCUUCAUCGAGUGCCUAGGACUUUAGUACAAUAUCUACACACCCUCUCCUACUCCUAUAGUGCACGGACAGUAGCUAGCCAGCGGUCAAGCAGUGGUCAUAUCACUAGGACUAAGAAUACAAACACCACAUUCUUUCAGUCGACAUAUUUGAUCAAUGGGUGGAGUAGCGGAAUCCCCGACAAACCUGGUGGCGCUACUGAUGAUAGCCGUGGGGUUUGUACUCAACACCAUCGGGUUUGCCGCCCCGUAUUGGGUAACUUCGCCGCUCGGAUCGCGCUUCGGCCUGUGGAUGUAUUGUGAUUUUCUCGACAACUGUUACCAGUGGGACUCGGACGGUAUAACGUUCGCCAAGUUUGAACAAAUCAGAGCGUUUGAAGGACUCGGAUUCGUCGGGACUCUUGCAGUUUUACUUUUCACCGUAUUGUACCUAUGCGUGCCAAAAGUUUCGGGGAACAAGAUCCUGGGUAUUCUUGACGUCUUAGUUUGUUUUGCAUCAGCCGGAGCCAUCUUGAUUGGAGUUAUCAUAUUCGGGUCAGAACAAAGCAAUCUUGGUUGGGCAUUCGGACUUUCCACCGCCGGAGGAAUUCUGUUUGGUUUGGCGGGAGUUUUGAUCAUCCUGGCGAUGUGCCGGAAGUAGUCUCUGUGACGGGAGUUUUGAUUAUUCUGGCGAUGUGCCGGAGUAGUCUCUGUGAUGGGAGUUUUGAUCAUCCUGGCGAUGUGCCGGAAGUAGUCUCUGUGACGGGAGUUUUGAUUAUUCUGGCGAUGUGCCGGAAGUAGUCUCUGUGACAGGAGUUUUGAUUAUUCUGGCGAUGUGCCGGAGUAGUGUCCGUGACGGGAACACGGACACUUUAUUCAAUAGUUCUUAAAAAUGAUAUGAUUUUAAUGACAUGUCUAGUAUUUUAAAAGUAUAUUUCUGACUUUAUUAAAGAUAUUUCCUAAAUUUAAUUUUAAGCGACGUAUAAAAACAUACAGGUACACAGUAUGCCAGUUACAUUUUUGAUGAUUGUUUUUUUAACACGUCACAAAUCAACUCCUAAACUAAAAUAAAAUUGUGAUCAGUACAAAUGAAUUAAAUUGAAUCAGUGAUUCUAAUUUAUCGUAAUAUGUCAUCGACUUUGCUCGAUUAAAAUGGGUUCCGACCAGCGGGUUACAAGGAACUGACGGUAAAUCAAUGAUAAACACGGGAACAAUGUUUACAUCUCUCUAGAUUGGCUCGCCCUUUCAUCCUUAACGAUGUAGCGAUACAGUGAAUCAAACAGAUAUUUACUUAGGGAGGUUGAGAGCAAGCGAUCAUUGUCUGACCGCUGAUAAUAAAUUUCUAUUCCAUUCCAACUUUUACAAUAUUUUUACUAUAAUUUCCUGUAAUUUGCACAUUUCUUAUUUUAAUAGUGAAUGCUUUAAAGAUGUACAUGAUUAAGAUAGAAUAUAUAUAUAUAAAGAUACGUAUCGUACUAAGAUUUUGGUAUCGCUGUGUGAGUUUGGUAUCGAGAUACAUGUCGCACUUUAAGCUUGGUAUCGAGAUACUGUGAGUUUGAUUUCGAGAUAUGUAUCUGUCUAGGAGUGUGUUAUCGUGAUACGCGUCGGACUGUAAAUUUGGUAUUGAGAAAGGUACUAUAUUGUUGAUUUGAUAUCGAGAUACGUAUUUUAUUGUUAGUUUGGUAUCGAGAUACGUAUCGUACUGUGAGUUUGGUAUCGGGAUACGUACCGUACUUUGAGUUUGGUACCCAUAUAUAUAUAUCGUACUGUGAGUUUGGUAUCGGGAUACGUACCGUACUGUGAGUUUGGUAUCGAUGUAC